UUAUCGGCAGUUUGUCUUUUUUUGCUUCCCGAACUUCUCUUCUUCCUUUUGCUUCCUCUUCGCUCUGCUCUGCUUCAUUUUCGCAAGCACUUCUCUCCCUCCCAACAUCCUCUCUCCCUCUCACUGAUGCCUUCGGGCUGAUCGGUUCUCUUUGAGCGGGCAAUUCAAUCCAUGUCGGGUCGAAACGCCCCUCGCUCCAAAAAUGGUACAUUCGACGUUUCUCCAGGGUUUCUCCGCAAUUUCUCCCCGCGGAGUACACGGAUCGCCAGUGACUGACGUGACAUGACAGGUUGCAGCACUUGCCGCCGUCGAAAGGUGAAAUGUGGUGAGGAGCGUCCAACAUGCCAGCGCUGCUACAAUCUGCGAUUGAAUUGCGAAUGGGGAGUUCCUGUAAAGCGCGGCAAGCCUGCCUCCGUCCGCCAUCUCCAACCGGCUGAGCCUCGGUGGUCGGGCAAUGAUAUAGUCUCCGUCAAUUCUGCGACUGCGACGCAAGGGAUCCUGAAUCCGCAGUACGCAAGUACUCUGGCGGCGAUAUGGCAGCACCCCAGCACCGUCGCAGACUUCACCCCGAUCCUUCCGGAGACGCUUUCCACAGCGGGCUGGCCCUGCUUUCCUCCCAUCACGCCAGUUUCUCCUCUCUAUCCAUCGCUCUCAGAACCAGACCUCGCCUGUUCGAAUUCUCUGAUCCUGUCCGAUCAUGACAAGAAGUACUUUCAGUAUUUCCCCUCGUCUUCGGUGGUGUUCUACUAUAUGAAGUCCUGGCAGUGGAGCAGCUUCAACUAUCUGUACCAGGGGCCGGCUGCGACGAAUAAAGUCAUCAUGCGAAUGAUACUAGCUCUCUCGGCCAGUGAUAUGCAUCGGAACGGGCUCGUAGUCCGAUCUCCGGGACGUCCGACCGCAGAAGACCACGGUCGCUACCAUUACGGGCUGGCUGUCAAAGAAUUCCGCCAGUUACUAGAAACCCCGAAACUUCAAGUGACGCCAACGGAGCUGGAGAUAAUCUUCGCCACCAUGUUCCUGAUGAUCACAUACGAAUGGCAGUAUGGUCACUGUGUACACCAUCUCCAAUUGCAUCUGCAGGGUGUGCGAUCGUUGUUGGAAACCCAUCCGGAAGUGUUCCACAUUAAAGAUGUGAACAAUGUGCUUCUAUCAAUGGACUCGGAACAGUCGGAUGAAUCUGUAUCCCGCGUUUCAUUCAUCCCGGAGCAAUUGCUGCUGUGGAUACUCUACAUUGAUGUGAGUUGCCGUCCUCAAGGAACCACGGAAUCGCUGUAUGAGUAUGUGUUACGGUCGGGCAAUCCAGCUCUUCAUCCGGAUCGGCUGCAUCGCUGCGCUCGUCUUUGGGGACGCUGUUUCUAUGGAAAGCAAUAUCCUGAUCAGCAAGUGUCGGACGACAUGGAAAAUUAUCGGGGCUUGGAAUUGAUUCACAUUGCCAUGACGCUGCGGUACAAAACGUGGCAGGUGCUUGUUGAUGAUCCCAGUCGCAGCGGUUUUGAGGGCGAAUCUUUGUUCAAUGAAAUGAUGUCGAUUCACGAUCAAUACUCUGAUCUUUUCAUCACGGCUAAAUUUGCCGGACCAACCUCGAUGCGACGCACCCUCAACACGAUUAACAUGGCCGUCAGUACCUUCUACGCUCAGAUCCUUUUCCAUCGCCGCCUUCUCCGCCCUCCCGGUCCCCCGAGCACUAUCCACCGCCAUGCUGUCACCAACAUCCUUGAAAUCACUCGCAAGCAAUACACAUCCGAGCCGCGGCUCCUUCGCCGAUUACACUGGCCCCUGUUGAUGGCGGCCAUCGAGACCGAAGACCCGGUCCAACGAGACUGGAUUCGUCAACGACUAUCCGAACUUCAACAAUACCACUCGGAGUUUCGCUGGGCCCAUGACUUGGUUGACGAGGUUCUUGCCCGGCAGGACGCCAGCCAGGGAGAAUACGUCGAUUUGGCACAGUUGCUGCGCAAUCAGGACAGCUUUUUACAAAAGCUUUAGAUCAUGCAUUAUGUAUAUAGACAAUACCCUCAAUAAUUUUUCCAUUCUUUUGAACUGAGACGCUCGAUGACACCCGAGAACCCAAUCUACGCCGUAUUCUCCAGGAAAUAUGCAUCAUAGGCAACCUCGCUCUUCGCUCUGGUCGCCCGACCCACGAUGACUCGAUUGUUCAGCCACUUAUACUUCUCAUGGCCCGUCUCGAUCUUGACAUGCAAGUGGAACCAAUACUGCGACGGAUCAACCGGUCCACCGUCCAUCAGGGCCUGCAGGACCUCUGGGGGACCGGCUCUGGUUCCUUCCGUCCUAUAGAUGGUCAAUUCUCUCUAUGCAAGCGGAUGAGAUCAGUUGAGACGAACCUGAUAUACAAAAACGCCCCAUCGUCAGUCUUGAUCACGUAGUUUGUGUUCACGUGCGUUGUCUGGUCGGUCUCCACGAGCCUGUCACAUCCGCCUUAGACUUAGUACUUCCGCUUCUCAUCCUGAGAUCUGAACAAACAAUACGAGACAAAAGAUACUAACAUGAAAUCUGCACCCCCCGGAACUACCUCCCCGUUCAGAUAUUUCCCAUAGACCGUUCCGGAUUCGAUCGGAACGCAGCGGCGACGACCGUAAGGCCCCGUGCCGAUCUCCAUGGGCGGUGAUACGGCGCAUCGGAGCGUGAAAAGGUGCGUGAGGGCCGGGGGAGGGGAAAUUGGGUCCAUCUUGAACAAUUUUUGGAGUAUCUGUUCGAAUAUGGUGGGGUGGUGAGGGAGGUUAUAUGAGACAUUCAAUGUGGAGUAGGAGGGGUAAGAAUUUAUACAGAUUCAUCGGAGGUCCGAUAGGAGAAUGACGACGGGGCGGUUCCACUUGGCGCAGUGGGGUUGACUAACUGGAGGGGAAUUUGUUCUUUCAGAAUGAUGAAAUAAUUAUAAUCUGGAUUAAUGACUUACUCGGUACUACGGAGUAUUGUUGCUGCUGAGGAUGGUUCAUCAGGAGACGACGGAUGACAUCAUCAAUGGCCUGACUGCCUGAGGUGCAACUGCCAAGCAUUUUCCCCUUUCGCUCUCUUUCUUCUGUCUCUCCUUUCUUUCUUGCUACAC